GAGCCGCCCCUGCGGCGGGGCACGGCCAGGGGCCCCGGACCGCUCCUGCGCCCCCAGCCACGUCCUGCGACCCCGCAGCGCACCCAAGCCCGAGGGAGGUGACGGACCGUGCCGGCUGUGACGGAGCGUUCCAGGCUGUGUGGUGCCGCCUCUCUCCCCCGUGCGGGAGGAGGCGCCUCCCGCGCCUGCCCCUGCCUCAUAACGGCUCCUCCCGCCGCGCACCGGCCGGCAGCGCUUACCGCUCCCGCCACUCCUCGUCCCGCCGCCGCGGCCCGGGCACGGAGCGGCCCCUCGGCGCUCCACAGCCCGGCGGGAUGAGCCGAGGCCCGCAGUGCCAGGGCGGCCCCAACGGCAGCGAGCCCAGCGCCAUGCCGGAAAACGGGACGGAGCGGGCGGCGUGCUGCGGGGCUGUCACCGUGGCGUUCCCGCUCACCUUCAUGGUCAUCGGCCUGGUGGGCAACAUACUGGCCCUGGUGCUGGUCGUCCGCUGCUACCGAGCCAAGGAUAACCAGCAGAAGCGAUCCUUCCUGCUGUGUAUCUUCUCCCUGGCGCUCACCGACCUGCUGGGGCAGCUGCUCAUCAGCCCCAUCGUCAUCGCCGUCUACCUGGCCAACCGCUCCUGGGACACCAUCGACCCCACGCACAACCUCUGCAUCUUCUUCGGCUUCAACAUGACAGUCUUUGGGCUCUGCCCACUCUUCAUCGCCAGCGUCAUGGCCGUGGAGAGGACUCUGGCCAUCCGCACGCCCCACUGGUACGCCAGCCACAUGAACGUGCGGGUGACCGCCCUGGUGAUGCUUGGCGUCUGCCUGUUCAUCUGCGCCUUUGGGCUCCUGCCUGUCAUCGGCCUGGGAGAGUACACGGUGCAGUGGCCUGGGACCUGGUGCUUUGUCAGCACCAGCAACAGCCAGCUCACCAGGAACCUCGUCUUCACCUCCAUUUUUGCCCUCCUGGGGAUCCUCUCGCUCGUGGUGACCGUGGUGUGCAACCUGGUCACCGUGGAGACCAUGGUGUCUCGCUGCCGGAACAAAGCGACCGUGUCGCACUCCAGCAAGCAGUGGGGACGGAUCACCGCAGAGACGCUGAUCCAGCUCUUGGGGAUCUCCUGUAUCCUCUUGAUUUGCUGGGCACCACUGCUGAUAAUGAUGUUGAAGAUGAUCUUCACCAACACAUCAUUGGAGCACUGCAAGGGCUUCCCCCUGGACACACAAAACCCAGACCUGCAGGAGAUCUGCAGUGUCUUUCUGACAGCUGUGCGCUUGGCCUCGCUAAACCAGCUCCUGGACCCCUGGGUUUACCUGCUCUUCAGGAAUUUCCUCCUCGAGAAGUUCUGCCAGUUGGCCAGCGCCAUCUCCAAGUGCUCCACCAACCAGUGGAAGGAGAGGUCCAUCGCCCUGGCCGAGGAGAGCCGGCAGACCGAGGCCUGAGGGAACACCCAGCCCUUUGUGUGGAAACUACUUUAGCCAACAAGCAGUUUUAAAUUUUACUGUGAACUGGGCUAUUUGUAACAUGUUUGUGUCUGCAUAAAUAGCUGACAAUGGUGGCUUUAUAGUGCCAAAUAACUGUUUGUCCAAUGUGCCCACAAUUCGUAAAUACAGAAGAAGGAAUUAAGUUUGUUGCUGCAUUCUGUUGUUAUUGCCAUUCGUAACUGAGCUGC